AUGGAGGAAAAUCCUCCACAGCACCAUCACGAUCACGAUACGGCUAGUACCUUCCCAGUCCUUGUUUCUCGCUCCAUCUACCCGUACCAAAGCGACCCGGGUUGCUCAUCUGAUACCUCCAUACUCGCUGCCUGUUCGGAACCCUCCGCCAACUCGGACUUUGGUAACAAGUACUGGGAUCGGACGUUAGACUUGCCGCGGCGCGGGCAUCCGAUACUCCGUCUAUUCACAUGGGAGGAGGAUGUCACGCACGCGGGGCUUUCCUAUCCAAGCUUACUACGACAAGCUCCACAAAGCCCAGCGGUCCGCGAACAACCUAUCGCGCUAUCUCAGUCGACGGCGUCGUCCACCUCGCUCAAUGAUCGCGACAUCUAUCGCGAUCGUCUCAUGAGAAGGUCCCCAUCGCACCGGAGAAAGCUCUAG